AUGGCAACCCACCCGAUCUACCUGAUCGCCGAAAGCGGCCUCCCGCGCGACCACCACGCCCUCUUCGUCGAGACUCACGAGAACGGCCCCUCCACCGGCCAUAUCUACCACGUCAAAGGCAACAUCCAAGAAGGCAUGAUCUUCGAGCACCGUGCUGAGCUGCCGCCGGAGGAAAUCCCGGGGUUCUGUGGCAAGGAGAAGCUGGGUGUGGUCGCGGUUGCGGAGUACGGACGCGUCUUGGGGAUCUGUGAGGGUGUGUCGGUGCCCAAGAAGCAGUUCCAAGGGGCGAGGAGGUUGUAUCCGCGGGAGCCGUUGAGACGAUGUCAGGAGUGGGUUGCUGAGGCUGUUGAUGCUUUGAGAGGGGAGGGAGUCUUGGUUGCGAGUGACUAA